CAAAACCCGGGCCGGGAUAGGGCGUGGGGCAGCGCGUCGGGACGUCCCCCGCGUCGGGCCCGGCGGCGCGUGCGCUGCGCGGCCGGCCGGGUGGCUGGGGCUCGGGGCAGGGGCGUGUGCGGCCUCUGCUUCAUUGUGCCCUAGCGGCGCCCGGACAUCGCGCGGGCCGCUGGCACCAUGAAGAUCUGGACUUCGGAGCACGUCUUUGACCACCCUUGGGAAACUGUUACAACAGCUGCAAUGCAGAAAUACCCAAACCCUAUGAACCCAAGUGUGGUUGGAGUUGAUGUAUUGGACAGACAUAUAGAUUCCUCUGGGAAGUUGCACAGCCAUAGACUUCUCAGCACAGAGUGGGGGCUGCCGUCCAUUGUGAAAUCUCUUAUUGGUGCAGCAAGAACCAAAACAUAUGUGCAAGAACAUUCUGUAGUUGAUCCUGUAGAGAAAACAAUGGAACUUAAAUCUACUAAUAUUUCAUUUACAAAUAUGGUUUCAGUAGAUGAGAGACUUACAUACAAACCAUAUCCUCAGGACCCAGAAAAAACUGUUUUGACUCAAGAAGCCAUAAUUACUGUGAAAGGAGUCAGUCUCAGCAGUUACCUCGAAGGACUCAUGGCAAGUACGAUAUCUUCAAAUGCUAAUAAAGGCCGAGAAGCAAUGGAAUGGGUAAUACGUAAACUAAAUGCUGAGCUUGAGGAAUUGACAGCUUCGGCAAGAGGGAGCAUAAGGACACCAAUGGCGGCGGCAGCAUUUGUAGAAAAAUGAUGAAAAAAGAAGUUGGUCUACAACACCUGACCCCCCUGGGUCUCUACAAACUAGCAAUAUAUUUAUUUGUUAUUUAAAAAAAUAAAACCAUAGGUAGUUUUUUUUUUAAUAAGCUGAAAAGGCUAUGUGACUUUUCAUCACUACAAAGAGAUGCAGGGUUUCUGAGGAAAAGGGAUCACUGAAAUUAGCAUUGUUUGAAAUAACUUAGUUUGAAGAAUCUGAUAUUUAUAUGAAUAUUUAACAGUUUUUGAAAAGUUCUUGGAAAUUGAUAUUGGCUUAUUAAAUCUCCUUAAGGUAGAAUUUUAAAGCUUUUCGUGCUUUGGAACGCUACCUGGCUUUGGACCAAGCCUGAACAAAGCAGAGCCAUCUCUUAAAUGUACACAGUUGCCUUGCUGCAGUAAAUGUCAGAUGAUUGCAUGAGGGAACUCACUUGAAAAGGAGAUACUGUAUAGUUUUAAAAGAUCUUAAUUUGUAUAGAAUAACUUGCUGUGCUAUAAACCACCAUUGAAAACUAUAAACCACCAUUGAAAACCACAGUGUUUGAAUUUGGUACUUAAAUGACAUUUUUGGAGUGAAAAUUAUCACUAAAAUAACAUAUGACUCCUACAAAAAUGUGAUUAUUAAGAGUACUGUACUGAUUUGCCAAAGCUUUAUAACUUAGUAAAAGUAUUACCUUCCUUGGGUUUGUACUUUAUGACUUAGUAUGUUAUACUGUGGGCUGGUUAUUAACUGAAAAAAUUAAAUCAUUACCUAAUUUUGCAGCACUCUUAAACAGAAGAACAGCUGUUCACAUCUUUUAGCAUUUCAAAUCUGCCUAACUUAUAAAUUGCCAUGUGUCAAAAUCAUGGUUCCGUAAUUGCCAAAGCAUGAUAUGUCAGGUUAUUUGAAUAUAAUUACUUUGUGAAGUAAUUAUGACCACAAAACAUCUUUUUAUACAUGAAGAGCUGUACAUCAUUUGAAAUCACUCAAGUGAUGUCUUGAUCUAAAGCUUAAAUCCCAGGUACUUAAUGUUUUGAAUAAUACAGUGCCACAGCCGAGGGUGGGGGUGGGGGAGAAGGAAAAAUAGGGGAAAAAAGCAUUGACCUAAACUAACCACUGCGUGGAUUGCUUUGCAGCUUGUAUUUCUGGGAAGUCCUUAUUUUGAAUGCUGAGGGAUAGCUGCAAUCAGAAAAACAGUCCAGUUAAUGUAUUUUGCUUCAUCUUUUUGUAGCAGGCAGUUAUCAACCAGUAAAUAAUAUCCUUGAUACUUGCAGUUGUUGGAUAGAGUAUUUUUAAAGGUGAUUAGCUCUUGCCUUUAUUUUACAGUGCUUAGCGUGAUAAACUUCGUCGUUUCCUAUAAAAGAAACCAAUUAAUAUAUGUAUAUAAACUACAGAAAUAGCCUACCAAACUAUUUUAAAAAUCAGUGUUUUUCUACUUAAAUUGUUUAGCUUAAAGACUUUUUAGGAUAUUUGUAAAAGCAAGUUAAAUCCAAUAAGGUUUUUGAUUAGUUUUUGUAACUGGAGAUGGGUUUUACAAUUGAAAUUUCAGCUGAACAAAACAUUGCUAAAUAUUAUUUGAUUUUUAAAAGUUACCUUGUAUGAUUUAUGUAAAUUAUCCUUGUUCUGAAAAAGGUGUAAAAUGCCCUAAUGAUAAAAAAGAUUUCUAAACAAA